AUGACCAGGAGCAUGGACUCACCAUGGAAAAGUAAAAGUAGCAUCAACCUGAUGAUAUUCUACAAUGAAAUGACAGACAUGGUCAGGACAAUGGAUAUUGUUGACUUAAGUCAGGCUUUUGACACUGUUCCCCAUAAGAUCCAUACACAGAUGAUGAAUUAUGGCCUGAAUGAGAAUGAAAACUGGCUGAACUGCUGGGCCCAGAGGCUUCCCAAACCACCAGACACUUUGGCUAGACCACUGUACCUACCAUUUCCCCCCUCUCAUUCACUCUACCCUACACACAUUUCUAAGUACACCAUGUUCCCAAACUUCAGAUCACCUGAGGGUUGACACACUGGGAUCAAUUCAAGCAGCCAUCAACCUUUCCAUUCCAGUUUCUCUAGGAAGACUUUUGACAUGGUUGUUCUCAGAAGGACCAGAGAUAACCCAGACUACAGCCAGCUUUCCAAAUUUGUCAAAGAAAAUGGUCAAAUAUAUUAUCCAAAUCCACCAAAUACAACUAUCCCCAGCCCCAUUUUAAAGCUCAAAUAUAACUUUUUUCCAAGAAUAACCAAUAUGCUACAAAACACUGAAAGGGCGCUGGAGAUCACAACAUAUAGCCAGGUCUUCACAGGAAGAGUUCCAAUACACUGCCUUAUCCUGGGUAAUUACAUAAAAGCAGUUUGCAAAUUGACUGAAGAACUAGGUGAAGACACAGAACUAAUAAAUACUGCAUCUACUAAGAAUCUCAUGCUUUCACCACAAAGAAACAUUUCUGCAGGUCUGUCACAAGUGAGACCCCCUGAAGGGUGCUCUGCAUGCUUACUUCAAGGUGAACAUCCCCAUGAAUCAAUUCUGCAAGAACAGUACUCCUUCAGGCAGCAGCUUUCAGGAAGGCCCAAAUUUGAAUCCCUUCCAAAAUCUGCAUGUCUGCCUGCUUGGAAACCAGAGGAUGGGCCAAGGGAGAUAACACUGCCUGGAUGGAUCCUUAGCUGUGAAGCUCCUCAGCACCAGACAGCACUGAUGGAGCUGCAACAUUCCUUCUCCAAGACAGCAGCACAAAAACAUUUACAUGAUUCCGUAAAAGGAGAGAGAAAAAAUCUCACAGAUACUACUACUGAGAGAAAGAGACACAAGAAUUAUGGUUUCAAUGCUUUUUUAUUUCUUUAA